AUGCUCAUCUAUCGACGAUCAAACACAUCAGCACUGCCAUUACCGCCCAAACCUGAACCAAUUGUUGUGGUCGAGUUACCGAUACCUCCAGUAACUGCUGAUGAGACGGAAGGUGGUUGUACUUCUGAAGUGAAUCCUUAUGGAACUGGGUGCAUAGGCGCAACUUCAUCCGGUCUGUUGGGCGGCAAUUUUCUUCCAGAUGGAAAACACGUUACGGCAUCCUUAACGUACGCAGGGGCACCCGCCGCUCCAGAUCCGGCUAGCAUAUAUACAGGGCUCCAGUUGAUAACCGUUAAAGUGGACGGGACAGUUUUCCCCAAUGGCGAUCCGUGGAAAUGCAUUACUUGCGGAGUCCCAGCAGACCAACAAGUUUCCUUCAACGGCUCAACCACCGACUACCAGUAUCCUCAAGCGUUUACUGAUGGCGUACGUGUCCUUGCUGGCGAGUGGAUCAUCGAUUGCGGCUCCGAGCAGCUUGCCAGUCCAGAGUGCACCCCGGAUAAGGUGCAUAUCUAUCCCAUUCGAUGGAAUGUCACACCUGAUGGCUCUGGGGCUGGUGGCAGCAUACGAGAGCUGCGCAAACACCCUGAUGAUGUACACAUUAGCUUCAAUGCCUUGACUUAUUCUGGUGUUUCUACGUCCCAAUUUGGAUACUUCGCCCGACUACAGUUCAACCCAUCACCCACAACAGGGACGCCGCUUACUCCCCGGUACGAUCUUGUCAAUGUCACUAUGUUGUAUGAUCUAGAUGGCCUGCCCACGAUCUCUGUUGAUGGCAACAACUUGACCAUCAAUUCCCAAGCAAUCGUGGUAGGCGAGGUACGUGGUUUGAGUGGACUUGGACACCAGGUGCACUAUAUUGAAUUUCCUGCGGAAUCAUGCAACAUCGAUAUAUUUAGAGUGAGCCUUGUGACUGGUGAGGUGACAAGAGUUACCAGCGACCCAGAGUACGUGGACCCGAUUGAUACAUCCUCCGAUGGCAACUGGAUCGUGAUCAUGGAUACUACCACAACGAAUCGAAUGAUGUUUCUAGCCGGCAUGCGCGGUAUUCCUCCUCUCAUCGACACACUUAUUACUGGCGCAGUCUCGUCCGUUCGGAACAAUGGGAUACGACGGUUCUUCCAGCCCUGGAUCGUCGACCGCUAUGGCGACCGUUAUUACGACGAUGGCGAGUACUAUCAAGGCCAACAGCUGAAUGGUGCCGGCGACGGUAGCCCCGGUAGUGUGAAUGACGACAACUGGAAUGGCAUGGCUGAUCCGAGAUGGUCCUUGGAUGGAACCCGUAUCACAUACUUUCAAACUCUUGUUCAAGCCCCGAAUUGUGGUGGUGUGAAUCCGCUGCCAUGUCCCAACUCUACCGAACCAGGUGGACGAACAGUGAGGUUGAUGAUGGCAACACUCACGAGUCGCCAGCCACUGAAAUGGGAGCCAGUACCGCUAGUGUCGGAUGUCAUCCCAUGGGGAAGAGAGUACGUACCGGGCAGCGCAAACCCAGUGGCAACGACCGUGCCUGCGGGCAAUUAUACUCUGUCAGGCAACGUCAGUGGUUACGCUGAGGUUGGUUUCAUAAUGAACAGUGCCAAUACUUCCAUCGGGACCGUGGCAGCUACUUACUAUAACUACUCCGACAAUGGCGAGAACUACAUCUCUGGCACUGAGCAGGUUGCCGCCAGCUCUCCGAGCGCCACGUUGAUCCAUGUAGACUGGUAUUCUGACCUCCAUUCCACCGGUAUCAGCAACAGCUCCAAGAUAACUGGACCAGGCGGGUUCCAUUUCGAGAUUGACCUCGAAGAAAACAAGUUUUAUGCAAAUGGCUCUUUGACGACGAUCGUAGAUGGAGUGGUCUACACACAACCUGCGAAUGGGAGUUGA